ACUUUUCAAUGUCUUGGGUGGUCAAGUUGUUUGAAUCAUAGGCAAGGGGGACAAGCAAAGGGGUUACCAGAUGCAAAGCCGGGCCCGGCUAUAUUACAGCCGGUGGUCAUGUUGGAUACUUCCCAUGAGAUUGCAAUUUACCUUCAUAGGUUUCAUAACCUCGAUCUUUUCCAGCAAGGAUGGUAUCAACUUAAGAUUACCGUGAGAUGGGACAAUGAUGCACAUGCUACGACCGCGAUGCCUUCGAGAGUCUUGCAAUAUGAAGCUCCAAAUUUUGGUUGUGAGGGUGGUGGAUAUGGAGUAUGGAGGAUUGAUGAAAAAGACAACAGUUUUUUAACACAGCCUUUUCGAAUCAAAUAUGCGAGACAGGAUGUUCUUUUAUUUACCAUGGUUGCAUUUGAUUUACCUCUAAAGGGAAAUGAGGGUCCUUCAACAUCAGCUGUCGUUUUGAAGUUUGAGCUUUUGUAUGCUCCUCUGUUGGAUAAUGGUUCUGAGUUUCAGGCUUCUCCAGAUAGUUGCCCUGCUGCUGUCCAUGAAUUUCGGAUACCUUCUAAAGCUCUUUUAGGACUGCAUUCCUAUUGCCCUGUUUAUUUUGAUGCAUUUCACGCUGUUCUUGUGGAUGUAAGUGUUCACAUCACUCUCCUAAAAGCUGGUUCCUACCAUGACUCAAUGAAGGUAUCCAGCAAUUCGCGUACUGCCACUGCUGAUGUUGCACAUGAAAGUACUGGUGGAUCAACUCAAGCACUGAAUCAAGCGGCUCCUAGUGACCUGAAACAGGUCAUGCUUGUAAAGGCAUUAUUAGAUGCUCGUGAAACCUUGAUUGUAGAACUACAAAAGCUUGGAAGUGCUAUUAACCGAACUGUUGAUUUGACUGAAUAUACCUCCAGAAUGAAUGAUACGAAGUUAUUUGAUUCAUUUCUCCAAGCAAAUCAGGUUACUGCUGAUAAUGAAGUUUCCGGACAAGGCAAGCCACAAAACGGUCCUGAGAAAGCUAAUGGUGGAUUAGAUUUUCAAAGUGAUCGAUUGCCCCAGAACUUAUCCAAAGAAGAUGUAACUAGAAUGUUUAAUAUAUCUGGUGAUCAAGUGUUACAUUUGUGGAGCACUUUUCUGACUUUCCACAGGGAUAAUAAAACAAAGAUAAUGGAAGUCCUUCAUGAUGCAUGGGCUAAGGAUCGGAAAGCUGAAUGGUCGAUAUGGAUGGUUUACUCUAAGUCUGAAAUGCCUCAACAUCAUAUAAAUGGCAGUUCCGAUGAGAGAACAACCCACCAUGUUGGGCAUAAGAGGGGUUCAAGUUUGUGGAAGUUAUCUGAUGAUCCUGCGCAUAUGGCAGCUGUGCGGGCUGACCUUCAUCGACGGAGUAUUGGACAAAUGAAGAUUAAUAAUCGGUCAAUCCAAGACAUGCAAAUAUUUGGAGAUCCUUCAGCGAUUCCUAUUGUAAUUGUAGAACGUGUUCUGAAUACUCCUCAACGUAGUUUAAGUUAUAACUCAUACAUGAAGAAUUUGGACCUAAAGGAUUCAGUUCCCUCACGCAUUGAUGUUAGUUCUGAAGAUGGGAAAAAGCCAUCAAGUGCAACUACUGCAAAAAAAGUCCGUGAUUUGAAGAUUGUUGUCUUUGUGCACGGAUUUCAGGGGCAUCAUCUGGAUUUGCGGCUUGUUCGCAACCAAUGGCUUUUGUUGGAUCCAAAGAUCGAGUUUCUCAUGUCGGAGGCAAAUGAAGAGAAAACAUCUGGAGACUUCAGAGAAAUGGGACUGAGGCUGGCGCAGGAGGUGAUUUCUUUCCUUAAAAAGAAAAUGGAUAAAGCUGCAAAAUAUGGACGCCUAGGAGAUAUCAAACUUAGUUUUGUCGGCCACUCUAUUGGAAACGUCAUAAUAAGAACAGCAAUAGCAGACACUGUUAUGGAACCUUACCUGGGAUACCUUCAUACAUACCUAUCUCUAUCUGGUCCACACUUGGGAUAUCUAUACAGUUCAAAUUCUUUAUUCAAUUCCGGAUUAUGGGUUUUGAAGAAGUUCAAGGGGACACAAUGCAUCCAUCAGCUCACUUUCACCGAUGACCCCGAUAUCUGUAACACUUUCUUCUACAAACUUUGUAAGCAAAAAACUCUGGAAAAUUUCAAGAAUAUAAUCCUCCUCUCUUCACCCCAGGAUGGCUACGUCCCGUAUCAUUCUGCGAGGAUUGAGUCAUGCAAGGCAGCAUCAGUGGACAACUCGAAAAAGGGAAAAGCAUUUUUGGAGAUGUUGAAUUCCUGUUUGGACCAGUUACGAGCUCCUACAACUGAAGAUCGAGUGUUUUUGAGAUCCGAUGUCAACUUUGACACAUCCGCUUAUGGCAAGAACUUAAACUCGUUCAUUGGACGGGCUGCACAUAUCGAGUUUUUGGAGUCCGACAUUUUUGCUCGCUUCAUUAUGUGGUCAUUUCCGAAUCUGUUUAAAUAGUUGUCACGAGCAGUCCAUCAUUUCUGUUGUUCCACUUUAUUCGAUCCCUGGUCUCCAUAUUGGUUGCGAAAUGCUGAGCUUGUGAUCUCGGUUUCUAGUUUUCGAGCAUCGCAGUCACAAAAGAGCAACAUUGGCGUAUAGGAAAGUGCAGUUGCUAGAUUAACAUUAUUUUCUCACCACAUAACAUGUAGCACAACAUUCAAAGAAAAUCUAAUAGUUAAUUGGGGUGAGAAGGGUUUAUGUAAUAAUUACUCACACAUCUGACAGGUAGAUAAUUGUAUCGGUAUUGACCGUAAAAUAUAGGUUUGAAGAUGCUUCUGUAACCAACAUGGACCCUAACAUUUAUCUCUGUUAGAAACAAACUCUUCAGAGCU